AAAAAGAAGAUAAAACUAAAUUACUAAUAAAUUAAUACACAAUCAAUGAGACCUGCUCUCAUCUUGUGUGUCUAUAUAACAGCCAGCCAUAACAUGAAGACGUCAAACUUUCUUCUUUAACUCUCAAGAACAAGAACAAAACCAGUCUUCACCAAGAUCCCUAUAGAAUAUAUAUCAACAAACGUACUCUUCUUGGAAGGCAAGAAACAUGAAUCAACAAGAAGCUGCGAGCACUCUUGAACUUGAUUUGAAACUAAAUAUAUUGGAUUCGUCUUUGCCAACUGAGAGCCCAUCUUCAUCGUUAUGUUCGGAAGAAGCUGGAGGUGGAGGAGGAGAGGCUAAACCAAUGGUGGUCGUUGGUUGCCCUAAUUGCAUCAUGUACAUCAUCAUAUCUUUGGAUAGUAGUAACCCUAGAUGUCCUAGAUGCAACAGCCAAGUUUUGCUUGAUUUUCUCAGAGAUCACAACUGCAAGAAGAUUAGUAGCUAAGAAAAUAUCCCAUUAAGCAAAUAUACCAUUAAGAAUGUCCUCUAUCAACGUUGUCACCUAUAUUGACAGUUUGAAUAAAUCGGUGAACGGAUAUAUACUUUUGUUUCCAAAAACAUCGUUUUAAUUUUAUAUGUAUUGUUGACAAUUUAUCUAU